AGUAACUAUUCUUCCACAUGGGAGCCUGCAAAUCCUGAAUGCUUCCAAGUCUGAUGAAGGACGGUACUUAUGCCAGGGUGUAAAUAUAUUUGGAUCUGCAGAGAUCAUUGCAUCAGUAUCUGUUAAAGAACCUACAAGAAUAGAGCUGACUCCUAAGAAGAUAGAGUUAACAGUGGGAGAAAGCAUUGUCCUCAGUUGCAAAGCUCUUCAUGACAGCACACUAGAUGUUACUUUCUAUUGGACACUCAAUGGGCAGCCAAUUGACUUUGAAAAAGAAGGUGGACACUUUGAAAGCAUCAAGGCACAAGCAUCCUCCGCAGAUUUAAUGAUCAGGAACAUCCUCCUGAUGCACGCCGGGAGAUACGGCUGCAGGGUUCAGACCGCAGCAGACACCGUGUCAGAUGAGACGGAGCUGCUUGUUAGGGGUCCUCCUGGUCCCCCAGGGGUUGUAAUAGUGGAGGAAAUUACAGACACUACAGCAACACUCUCCUGGAGUCCUGGGGCAGACAACCACAGCCCUAUCUCCCUCUACAACCUGCAAGCACGCAGUCCAUUUUCUCUUGGCUGGCAGACUGUAAAAACAGUUCCAGAUGUGAUAAGUGGUGACAUGGAGUCUGCUAUGGCAGUCGAACUGAAUCCUUGGGUGGAAUAUGAGUUCAGAGUUGUAGCAACCAACAAAAUUGGGACCGGAGAUCCAAGCACAUCAUCACGAGUGAUCAGAACCAACGAGGCAGUUCCAAAGACACCUCCAGCUAAUGUAAGUGGCAGAAGUGGAAGGCGACAUGAAUUAGUAAUAGCAUGGGAGCCAGUGUCAGAAGAGUUUCAGAAUGGAGAAGGAUUUGGAUAUAUUGUAGCCUUCAGACCAAAUGGAACACGUGGCUGGAAGGAAAAAAUGGUGACGUCUUCAGAUGCCUCAAAGUUCAUCUACAGAGAUGAAAGCGUGCCACCUCUGACUCCAUUUGAGGUGAAAGUUGGUGUUUACAACAACAAAGGAGACGGUCCCUUCAGCCCUAUUGUGGUCAUCUGCUCAGCUGAAGGAGAACCCACGGCUGCUCCCAUCGAUGUCAAAGCUACGAGUUUGUCUGUAUCCGAGAUUCUUGUUGCAUGGAAACAUAUUAAAGAAAGUCUAGGAAGACCACAGGGAUUUGAGGUAUGA